CGAUGAUUCGGAAAGAAGAAUAAGAAGCCAAUUGUCAGGUCUUGUCUUAGGUUUACACGCGCAUAAAUUUGUUAGUUUUCGUUAUUUACUUUUGUUUUCUUCCAUGAAAAUAUUAACACUAUGGGUAAAUCUUUGAAAGCCUGUCGAGCGUGUGUUGUCGUACUCGGUGAUAUUGGCCGAAGUCCACGAAUGCAAUAUCAUGUCAAAAGUCUCUCUGAAACAUGUUGCUUUGUUGAUUUAAUUGGCUACUUAGAAUCUAAACCCCAGGAGGAUUUGAUGAGUAAGUCAAACGUCAGAAUUCACGCUUUAAGUCUGUUUCCGGAGCUCAAUCUACCUAAUUCGCUGAAGUAUAUAUUCAAAACAAUAUGGCAAGCAUUAACUUUACUGAUCGCACUGAUCAGCAUCAAAAAACCAAAUUUUAUUCUAUGCCAGAAUCCACCAGCUAUUCCAAGUUUAGCAGUUUGCCAAUUAUAUUGUAUUUUUGUCCGGUCAACAAAAAUUAUCAUCGAUUGGCAUAAUUAUACCCAUACAAUACUUGCUAUCAACUCGACACAAAACACUUCAUUCGUGAAAUUUGCCAAAAUGAUCGAACGUUACUUUGGGAAGAAAGCAUCAGCCAGCUUAUGUGUUACACGUGCAAUGCAACAAGAUUUACAAGAGAAUUGGAACAUUACUGCAACGGUACUGUAUGACCGUCCACCAACGCAUUUCCGACCGAGCUCCAUCAGUGAAGACCACAAAUUAUUCCUUCGAUUGUCCAGAAAUAUCCAAGAAUUCGAUGGAAACAGUCUCAAUUCAACUGACGAGAAUAUAAUAGAAAAUGCUUCCUUAUUUACCGUACAAUAUGUCGAUGGUACAAUCAAAUAUCGCCACGAUCGACCGGGUUUACUAAUUUCCAGUACUAGUUGGACACCUGAUGAAGACUUUAGUAUACUACUAUCGGCUUUGGAUUUAUACGACAAGAAGGCUAGUGAAGAUCCUACACUUUUUCCAUGUCUCAUAUGCGUUAUAACUGGAAAAGGGCCGUUGAAAGAAUACUAUCGGCUACUGAUAAAAGAUAAAGCUUGGAAAAAAGUUUCCAUUGCUACUCCUUGGCUGGAAAAUGACGAUUAUCCAAAACUUUUGGCUGCAGCCGAUCUUGGAGUGUGCCUACACUAUAGCUCUAGUGGUUUUGAUUUACCGAUGAAAGUAGUUGAUAUGUUCGGGUGUGGAUUGCCAGUCUGCGCUAUAAAAUUUAAUUGCCUCUACGAACUCGUACAACAUGGUCGCAAUGGUUGGGUUUUUGAAACGUCUGCUGAAUUGUCAGGUCAGCUUGAGCAUUGGUUCUACAAGUUCCCGAAUAAUACAAGCAUAAUCGACGAAAAACAGAGAAUAAAUAAGCAACUCGAGCAAUUUCAGCAACUGCGGUGGUCUGAAAAUUGGGAAAAUAUUGUUAAACCAUGUUUAGAACAACUUUUAAUUGUGAACAAUGAUUUUUCUUUAAAGUACAUACCCUGUGUUAUAUUAUUUGGAAUUGAUUAUACCUUAUCACUUUGGAGUAUUUAUAAUUCGUAAAAAAA